CUUUCUUCCCAAAAUCUUCCAAACGUGUGUACUACCUAAAAAGCAUACUUUGAAUCCUGAGCCCAUCGCCGGGGGCUCCGGGGGGUUUCUCGCCCUGCCCGAGAGCCGCUGCUGCUGCGGCCGUGGGGCAGAGGGGGAGCGAAAGGGGGGGCCGGGGCGGGAGCGGAGGAGGAGGAGCGGGAGGAAGGGCAGCGGCAGAGAGGAAGGGGAGGAGCAGGAGCAGGAGGAGCGGGAAGAGGAGCAGCAGGAGGGGAGCAGAGGAAGGAAGGAGCAUUGCGGGGUGGCAGGGCGAGCCCGCGGAGCCCGCAGCUCGGCUGGCCCCGGCAGCAUCGCAUUGCCCUGCGUGCCGCAGGAUUUCCCGUUCCCAAGACUUAUCUGGAGAGAGGAGGAGGCUGUGAUGAAGCGGAAAUUGCCCCGGGACCCCCAGGCAGACAAGGAGCUGAGGAUGGAGAGCAGGGAGGACAAAUCCCCACGGCAAAACCUCCCGGCAGAGGCAGUUUUGAGCGUCUCAAGACCGCAGGAAUCCAACAGGGAGGAAAAGCCCCGGAGAUCCUGCAGGAGGAGGGGCUGCAAACCCAGCCCAGAGUGCUCGGAGCAGGAAAGAUCCACCCUGUGUGGGGAAGGCAGCCAGAGAUCUGGCCAGGGCUCUGAGGUGGUGGUCCAUAAAGAGGACCGUGAUGGCAAAAAGCCCCACAAGUGCUUGGAAUGUGGGAAGAGUUUCCCCAAGCAUUCCCUCCUGGUCUGCCACCAGAAGAUCCACACUGGGGAAAGGCCCUACGAGUGUGGGGAAUGUGGGGAGAGGUUCAGGAUCAGCUCCCACCUGUACCGCCACCAGAAGAUCCACACUGGGGAACGGCCCUACACAUGUGGGGAAUGUGGGAAAAGCUUCAGGGAGACCUCUGAUCUGAUGUGCCACCAGAGAGUCCACACGGGGGAACGGCCCUACGAGUGUGGGGAAUGUGGACAGAGCUUCAGCGUCAGCUCCCACCUGAUCGUCCACCAGAGGAUCCACAGUGGGGAACGGCCCUACGAGUGUGGGGAAUGUGGGAAGAGCUUCAGGCUGAGCUCCGGUUUGAUCCACCACCAGAGGAUUCACACCGGGGAACGGCCCUAUAAAUGUGGAGAAUGUGAGAAAGGCUUCACAAGCAGCUCCCACCUGCAUCGCCACCAGAUGAUCCACAUGGGGAUACGACCCUAUGUGUGUGGGGAAUGUGGGAAGGGCUUCCGUGACAGCACUCGCCUGAUCAUGCACCAGGCAAUGCACACUGGGGAAAGCCCCUACACGUGCUCAGAAUGUGGGAAGAGCUUCAUGGAGAACUUCAAGCUGAUGGUCCACCAGAGGAUCCACACCAGGGAGAAGCCAUACAAGUGUGGGGAAUGUGGGAAAAGAUUCAGCCAGAGCGCCAACCUUAUUGUCCACCAGAGGAUCCACACUGGGGAGAAGCCCUACAAGUGCGGGGAAUGUGGAAAAUGCUUCAGCCAGAGCGCCAACCUAAUUGUGCACCAGAGGAUCCACACUGGGGAGAGGCCCUACAAGUGCUCAGAAUGUGGGAAAAGCUUUAGCCAGAGAUCCAGCCUGAUUGUUCACCAGAGGAUCCACACUGGGGAGAAGCACUAUGAGUGUUCAGAGUGUGGGAAGAGUUUCCAAAAGCGCUCCCACCUGGUCUGCCACCAGAGGAUCCACACUGGGGAACGGCCCUACAAGUGUGGGGAAUGUGGGAAGAGCUUCAAGUUCAGCUCCCACUUGACAGACCACCAAAGCAUCCACACCGGGGAACAGCCCUACGAGUGCGGGGAAUGUGGGAGGAGGUUCCGCCUGAGACACCAGCUGGUCCAGCAUCAGAGGACCCACACCGGGGAGAGGCCCUACGAGUGCGGGGAAUGUGGAAUGAGGUUCAGCGUCAGCUCCCAGCUGAUCGUCCACCAGAGGACCCACACUGAUGAACGGCCCUAUGAGUGUGGGGAGUGUGGGAAGGGCUUCACGAAGAGCUCCCACCUGCACCGCCACCAGAUGAUCCACACGGGGAUACGACCCUAUGUGUGUGGGGAAUGUGGGAAGGGCUUCCGUGACAGCACUCUCCUGAUCAUCCACCAGGCAAUGCACACUGGGGAAAGCCCCUACAUGUGCUCAGAAUGUGGGAAGAGCUUCAUGGUGAACUCCAUGCUGAAGGUCCACCAGAGGAUCCACACCGGGGAGCAGCCCUACAAAUGUGGGGAAUGUGGGAAGGGCUUUAGGCAGAAAGGUAACCUUAUAACACACCAGAGGAUCCACACUGGGGAGAGGCCCUAUGAUUGUGAGGACUGUGGGAAGAGUUUCAGACACUACUCCAGCGUGAUUGUUCACCAGAGGAUCCACACUGGGGAGAGGCCCUACAAGUGCAGGAAAUGUGGGAAAAGCUUUCACCAGAGAACCAGCCUGAGUGUCCACCAGAGGACCCACACUCGGGAGAGGCCCUAUGAGUGUUGUGAGUGUGGGGAGAGGUUUCAGAGCAGAUACCGUCUCCUCAAGCAUCAGAGGAUUCACACUGGCAAGAAGCCCCACCAGUGCUUGGAAUGUGGGAAGAGCUUCAGAGUCAGCUCCCACCUGAUCCAGCAUGAAAGGAUCCACACUGGGGAACGGCCCUACAAGUGUGGGGAAUGUGGGAGGAGGUUCCGCAUCAGUUCCCACCUGAUCGUCCACCAGAGGACCCACACUGGGGAGAGGCCCUACGAGUGUGGGGAAUGUGGAAUGAGCUUCUGCACCAGCUCCCAGCUGAUCGUCCACCGGAGGAUUCACACCGAUGAGCGACCCUAUGAGUGUGGGGAAUGUGGGAAGAGCUUCAGGAGGAGCUCCUGCCUGCACCGCCACCAGAUGAUCCACACGGGGAUACGACCCUAUGUGUGUGGGGAAUGUGGGAAGGGCUUCUGUGACAGCACUCGCUUGAUCAUCCACCAGGCAAUGCACACUGGGGAAAGCCCCUAUGUGUGCUCUGAAUGUGGGAAGAGUUUCAGCCGGAGCACUUGCCUCAUGGUCCACCAGAGGAUCCACACUGGGGAGCGGCCCUACAAGUGUGGAGAAUGUGGUAGAGGCUUCAGCCAGAACGCCUUCCUUGUUGACCACCGGAGGAUCCACACUGGCGAGAGGCCCUACGAGUGCGGGGAGUGUGGGAAAAGCUUCAGGCAGAGAGCUAGCCUGAGUGCCCACCAGAGGAUCCACACUGGGGAGAGGCCCUACAAGUGCGGGGAAUGUUGGAAAAGCUUCAGCCAGAGAUCCAGCCUGACUGCCCACCAGAGGACCCACACUGAGGAGAGGCCCUAUGAAUGUUGUGAGUGUGGGGAGAGGUUUCCAAGCAGAUACCGUCUCUUCACACAUCAGCUGAUUCACACAGAGUAGAGGCUCUUCCACUCCCUCAGCUGUGGGAAGGGCAUUAAGAAAGACUCCACUCAGUCACCCUUCAGUGGAUCCACACUGGGGAAGAGUCCCUAACAAUGUCCCACGAGUGGGAAGAGCGUAUCCCAGAACUUUACAUUGACCCAACAGCAAGGGAGGCAGCAGUAGUGCAGCUCUACAAGUGCUCUGUGUGCGGGAGAAACUGUGUGCGCUGCUCCAACUCCAUCCCCCACUGGAGGACCCCCAUGGGAUGAUGCACAGUGGCCCUCGUUGGGCAGAGACUCGAUGAUCUAUGGUGCUGGUGAUCCACU